AUGUCAACGAUUCCUGCUAUUCCCAGAAAUUAUCACCCUGUUAAGAACAAGAGCAACUCUGCUAACUCAGCCGACUCAGCCAAUUCAGCCAAUUCAGCCAAUUCAGCCAAUUUAGCCAAUUCAGCCAAUUCAGCUCGUUCCUCUUCGAGUACCUCCGACUAUUCUUCACUUCCUAAGGGCACUUUGUUUUCUUCUUCGCCUGAAAACGUCAACUACAGCUAUUAUCAGUCUUUAGGACCUAACAAUACCAAUCUAUUCACUUCUUCUUUGUUACAGAAUUCAUUAUUCGAUAUGGGGCCAGGAACAGGUGCUUCAGGUGCUUCAGGUGCUUCAGGCGCGGGGGCCACGGGGGCUACGGGGGCAGGCGAUGGAGGAACAACGGCUCCAGUCCCAUCUGCCGUAUCUAUGACUCCAAUUACUUCGGUUGACGAGAUCGACCCAUUCGCUAGUCCUUUUAAAGUCAACUCAAAACUUUGGGGGGCUCAUCGCAGAAACUCCGUUCCUGCAAGUUUCUCUCUUCCCCAGACAGACGCAGUGGGUGCAGGUGCAGGUACAGUGGGUUCCGUGGGUUCCGUGGGUGCCGUGAGCGCCGUAGGAGCAGUAGGAAGACCAUCUCUCCAUCUAGGCGUCAAUACUGCAGCCUCCUGUCCUCGAACUCCAGGUAGAACUUCUUUUCCUGAAUCUCUUCAGCAACAGGAAAGCAUCGAUUUGGCUCUUCGAAGAACCUCCUAUACCAGCAAUGCCAGUAAUGGCUCCAACGGCUCCAACGGGUCGAAUGUAAACGGUUCCAACGGUUCCAACGGUGCCCCAGUUGGCUCCAUCUGGGGUGGCCAUCGAUCCUCUGCAGGAUCCAUUACCUCUCCUAUUCUUGGAAUUUCAGCCCUUGCAGCAUCUCCACCUAUGCAACAACGCAACAGUCUUCCUGAGUAUUCGUCCCUUCGUCGUGGUUCAUACGACCCGGGACUCAUGGGAUUUACGUUCCAACAACCUGUUGGCUCCUCGGUCCAAGAGAACACGCAGCAUGCUGGAAUCCCUCCUAACGCUCCUCCUACCGAUUACGUCAAAAGCUUUGAAAACCCGACUCAGCAGAAAAAGGACGAAGAGCAACUUCUGGAUCGAUUCAAUAGCCUCAACUUGGCCAACUACCAGGACCAAUAUACCCAGGCGUUUGAAGAAGCCAACAGAUACUUCCAGUCCCCUCCAGUAGAAACUUUGAACCUCUCAAAAGUGUUGGCACACUUAAAUAGCCAGCAGUUGCCGAACUUCCCCGGUGGAGGACUUCCUGGUGUGAGUCUUGUACUUAUCUGCUUCAAGAACUCACGACUAGACGUUUUUUACAUUCCCAACGAGGCCCAACAGAUGACGAAUGGACUAAAAGUGGGAGAUCUGAUCAUUGUGGAAGCAGAUCGAGGCAGGGACUUGGGAAAAAUUGUGCAGCUUGACGUGACUCUACAAGAUGCACGGUUAUUGAAGCUUAAGCAGUUUAGAGAUCAGCAGGCAGCGUUGAACCAGGAAAAUAGCAGCAAUAUCAGCACUAAUAACAACAGCAGCGAGAAAAGACCGGCACUACACUUCCCAAAGCCCGUGGUGAGAUUCGCAUACCCUAAUGAAGUGGCUCAACUUAUGCAGAAACAGACAGAUGAAGAUAAAGCACGUAACGUCUGUCAGCUUAAGGUGAAGUCACACAAUCUCGUGAUGAGUAUUACUGAUGCAGAAUAUCAAUGGGAUCGACGCAAGUUGACAUUCUACUACAAUUCGAACUGCCGAAUAGAUUUCCGGGAUUUAGUCAAAGAACUAUUUAAGAUUUACAAGACAAGAAUUUGGAUGUGCAAACAACCUGAACCAAUUACAUUCAAAGCACAAGACAACUAA